UGUUUGUCGUUUGGAAUGCAGUAUCACUGCACACGUGACUACGACAAGUCAUAUGACUGCAUUUCUGAGAUCGUUUUUCACGUGAAGACAUUUUGGAGAAAAAAACUUCCGCGUUCAACUUCCACCAUGACGUCUUUCUUGAAGAUUUCGGCAUUGAUUUUUGUCGUGGCUUUAGGCGUGUAUUGCCAAGUUGCUGCAAUAUCCAACGCAACUACAACGGCGCCCCCUACAACAAAAAAUAUCACUACAACGGCGAAUUCUACCACUACAACGGCGAAGUCUACCACUACAACGGCGAAGUCUACCACUACAACGGCGAAGUCUACCACUACAACGGCGAAGUCUACCACUACAACGGCGAAGUCUACCACUACAACGGCGAAGUCUACCACUACAACGGCGAAGCCGAAGCCUACCACUACAACGGCGAAGCCGAAGCCUACCACUACAAUGCCGAAGCCUACCACUACAACACCAUUGCCACAUCCAUCUACAAGAUUUGAGUUGAUUGGAAAAGACAACAAGACCGUGUGUAUCAUCCUUGAUGCCGCUAUCGAAAUUAAAGUGCUGUACGAGAAGAAUGAUGGAAAUCAUACUCUGUCAAAACCAUUUUUCAUUCCGGUCAAUGCCUCGGUCUCUGGUAAGUGCAGUACAAACAAAUCGUCUCAAGCGGAAAUGGUUUUGCAAUUCAAUGGACAGAAAGUUACCUUCAUUUUCGUUGACAAGAGUAAAGAAGUCACUCUGGAUAAAGUUUCUAUGGCAAUCAUGACCACCGGUGCAGACUUCCCAGAUGCAAAGAAUACAAAUAAGAGCACAACGUUUUCAGCCAAAGCAAACCUUGACCCGACGAAGGACAACACAUAUUAUUACUGUCAUAGUGAUGAUAAUGUGCACUUUGCUGAUAAUAAAACUCUGCUCACCUUGAGAGUGAACCAACUACAGGCUUUCAAUGUCAAGGACAACAAUGUCACUGGAGAAGGCUCUCUCUGCAUGCGAGACCGAACCUCGACGACUGCUACACCGACGACAACGAUGAAGCCCAUCCCGAACCCUCCCCCAAUCCAGAACAAUUUCACAGUCAAAGAGAACCACACUGUGUGUAUUUACAUGCAGGCUGCAUUCCAGAUCUCGGUCAUGUACACCAACAACAAGAAUAAGAAUGUAACGAGGCUGUUCAACAUUCCCAAAUUGGUGAACGAUGACACUGACGUGAAAGGGAACUGCAACACGACUCUGUACUCCAACCCUGCCCAGGAGCUGGAGAUUUUCUUCUACAAUUCCUGGUCUCUGAAGAUGGUGUUCACCAAACCAAAGUCCAAGUCAACGCUGCUGUCUGCCGAUGACUCAAAAUUCUCCCUCAACGAAGUCAUCGUCAAGCUAGACUUAAACACCACGAUGUUCCCCGACGCCAUGAAAAACCAGAAUCUGUCGGCAAGUGUUUCGAACCUGACGUAUUUCGGUGGGAACAAUGGAGGCGCGUUCAAGUGUAACAGCAACCAGACGAUCAUGAGCAACCAGAUGGGCAUCUCCCUCUUCUCGUCUGACCUCAUGUACAAGGCAUUCGGCACAUCCAACAGCACCGACUUCGGAUCAGAUGUCAGUGAGUGUCCCGAUGAUGAAGAGACAAACAGCACCGUUCCCAUCGCUGUUGGUGCCGCUCUCGCUGGUCUGGUGGUUAUCGUACUCAUCGCGUAUCUGAUUGGACGCAAAAGAAGUCGACGUGCAGGAUACGAAUCUGUGUAAAUGACAUGAUGGAGUAACGAUCAACGACGACGAUGUCGGGAAGUCGCCAAACUGUUCUAUUUGGUCUGCCUUUGUGAUGUGAUCUAUUCAGUCUGCCUUGGUUGAUCUAGGGGAGGGUUGGUCAUAGGGAGGGUUCAGUUUUGCUGGGGGGGGGGGGAGGGGGUUGAGGUUUGGUCAUGGGGAGGGUUGGUAAUGGGAAGGGUUCAUCUUUACUGUGGGGGAGGUUGAGGUUUGUUUUUGGGGAGGGUUGGUCAUGGGGAGGGGUCGAUUUUACUGUAGGGGAGGUUGAAGUUUGCACUAAGAGAGGGUUCAACUUUAGUGUAGGGGAGGGUGAGAUUUGCUCUAUGGAAGGAUGGGAGGGUUCAGGGUUGGUCAUUGGAGGGUUGAGUGUUGGAACUAUAGAGGAUAGAGGAUUGGACUAGGAGUGGAUAUGGGGGGGGGGGGGGGGGGGGUAGUAGUUUAACAAUUUAGGAUAAUAAUUUAAUUCAGGAGAGUUGGGAAUAGGUUUAAGUGAGAGCCAAGUAUAGAUAUUUCAGGCUAAUUCGUAACUAUUGGCAACAUAGGUUUGUGGUUGUCAUUAAAAAUAAAAUUAAAACUAAGGUAAUUGGAAUUAUUUUGUGUAUGAUAUUCUAUUUUUAAAUUUAAAUAAAUUGACGUAGGAGGGGGUAGUAAUGGUUUUAAAUUUAAAAAAAAGAAGAAAGGAAAAUAUACUAGGAGUAAAACCUUUAUAUAGGAUAUUUAUCUGAUUGGUAAUUACCUAUAUAACUAACCUAAUAUGUUUAACAUGUAAAUAAACAGUAGGUUGCCAUGGAGAGGAAUGGAGUUACGGUAUUUAAAUUAAGAGACAUUCCUACUGAAAUGCUACAUCUGUAAAAUGGCAGGUUGGUGCAUUCAAAUGUGUUGUUUUUUUCCAUCAUUUUAUUUUUAGAAAUAUUCAUCCUACAAUAUAACUAGUGCAAAAUACUUUUCAUGCAGCUUGUUAUGAUUUUUCUCCAUUUUGUUUAAUGUUUUUUGAACUUAAGAACAGGAGUAUUGUUUUAUUUUUGCCCAAUCAGUAUAUAACAAAUUUAAAUUUCCAUAAUCUAGAUAGCUAGAUAUAUUUUUUUCCAAGUUCACUUUUGUUCAUCAUGUAUAUUUCCAAUUUAAAAUGUAGACAAAUGUUUUGAUUUCUGUUCAUUACGUACACAAGAAAAUUUAUGACUUGUCAGUUUGUAAUUAUUCUGUAAUUGAUAUAUUUAAAAAUUGUAAAUAAUAUAUUAAAAUAGUGCUAUUUUUUAUUAAUGUUAUUUGUUUAGUAAUAGUGAAGAUUUUAAAAAUUAGAUUUUUGUUUUGUUUGUGUAUGACAUUAUUGCAUAGUCAAUGUUUUGUGCCCAUUGUUGUAUUAGUGGAUGGUAGUGAUGUGUGUGUGUGUGUGUGAGAAUUUCAUUAUAACUAUUUGGUGAUGUUACUACAAAAGGAUAGAAGUUUUCUUAUAUUGUAUUACUCCAUAAUGAAUCGAACUGCAUUGAGAUUUUGAACAAAGGUCAAAAUUCAGACUACUUCAAAAGUGGGAAUUACCUCAUGGAAUUUAGCAGAACACAGGAAGCUAACACUUGUUAACUAUAAAAAGAUAAAAGGAGCUGUUGUAUUAAUAAUUUCAUACUAUUAAGACAAAACAAUUGUUGUUGAAUAUCCAUGAAUGAGAAAAGCACAAAUCUUACUGCCUUUGGAUUUACACGGUAAUUGGUAAACAAUACAAGCAGUUUAAAAUUGGUCGGUUUUCAUUUCCUCAAGAAUUGCUGAUUUUAUUGUUUGAAACAGAACCCAGUGAUUUUAGAAUCCAAAUGAGUAAUGGUUCUUGAGAAAAAAAAGAUUAUUUUAUUAUAACUAAGUGGGUUUAGGUAAGAUGAGAAGGGGAGAUAAUUCAUACUGUUGCAGUAAAUGAACAAUUCACAA